UGCAGUGGUGUUUUCAGGUACCUGCUGCGCUCGUCCUUCUUGGUGGCUGUGGUGGAAGGUUUGUGAUGCCCCGGUGGACUAUCCUGGGCGAGUGACUACUGCAUUUUGUAGAGGGGACAUACUGAAGUCACUGCGUGCUGGUGAGGAGGCAUUACAAUGGAAGUUCUUCGGCCGACACUCAUUAAUAUCAAUGGACGUAUUUACCGCAAAAACUACGUUAAAGAACAAGUGUAUCAACAUGAGGAAGAAGAUGACUUUACCUAUUCAGGAGUUGUGGACUGUGUGGAUGAACCUUGUGACUCUGUACUUAUAGAACAGACAGACCAAGGCUAUCGAUGCACCAUGGAUGUACCCAGUGCCCUUUACAAAUAUAUAAUUGGGAAGAAAGCAGAGACCAAACGCAGACUGGAGACCGAAACACGGACUUCCAUAAGUAUUCCUAAACACGGAGUGGAAGGACCGAUUGUAAUCACUGGGCAGCAGCGAGCAGGAGUGGCAUCAGCCCAAACACGGAUUGAGGUGAUGCUGGACAGUUUCCGUCGGAAGCAGCCCUUCACCCAUUUCCUGUCCUUUGCUCUUAAUCAUGCCACAAUUCAGGAACGGUUUGUGAAGUUUAAAGAGGAGGUGUUGAAAAGCCACUCACAGGACCGUGGGAUUGAUGACAGUAUCUUCCAGAACCCAGCAAAGCUACACCUGACAAUCGGGACACUCAUCCUACUUAAUGAGCAAGAAAUUACAAAAGCAUCUGAGUUGCUGCAGAAAUGCAAAGAGGACUUCAUUGAUAAACUCACAGAAGGAAAGCCACUCCUUGUGAGGGUAAAAGGGAUCGAGUACAUGAAUGAUGACCCAAGUAUGGUUGAUGUUCUUUAUGGAAAAAUUGAAAUGAAAAAUGGAACAGACAAGCUACAGCUGAUCGCUGAUGGAUUACUGGAGCGGUUUAUAGCCUCCGGGCUGAUGGGGAAGGAAUGGAACAAGGUGAAGCUCCAUGCUACUUUGAUGAAUACGCUUUUCAGAAGAGAUCCAACAGUGGAAGAACGAAACAAUACUGCCUUGGGGAAGCAGAAUUUUCGUGAAAGGGAGUCAUUCGAUGCAAGGAAUGUGUUAAAGAAGUUUGAAGACUACUUAUUUGGUGAAGUGGAGCUGAACAUGGUCCGUAUCUCCCAGAGGUUCUCAGCUGACGAUUCUGGCUUCUAUUCUUCUUCUGCCUGCAUCAGCUUUUCUUAAGAGUGGUGGAAUUGUUGAGCCCUGACAGUUUUGACAGGAUGCGUGCAGGACCAAUCAAACCCUUCACCAAGCCGAAAGAAAGUAACAGUAGAUAAGCCUUGCUGCUGAAUUUGGAAACCACGGCAGAACAGACUCACCUGGUGUUUAAUAGCAAAUGAACCAGGAUUUGAACAGGAACCAUUUAACCCCCUUUUUCUGAAACAAUGACUGAAUUGUUGGGAUUUUUUGUGGUCUUGGGAUAAAAUGUUGAUAUUGAAAAAUGGAGUGCUCUUUUAUUUGUCAGAAUCGGGUACUACCAAGUCUAGGGUUUCAGAAUCAGGUGCUCAAUAAAGUUCCAUGUUCUCUUUUA